AUGACUUUCCCUAUUUUACCGUAUUUUUCUGUGGACACAGCGGUGUGCCAGAAGAUUUCGCUUGUGGGCCAGGUGUUGAUUCCCUUCACUCCAGGAACCACCAAGUCUGAAGAUAUUACUCGGUACUCUACCACUGCUUAUUAUGACGUUAACUUGGAUUAUACUGCAGAGAUUAUCGACGAUAAAACUAUUGACCAGCUUCUUGAGUUGUUCAAUAAGGGAGUUGUCAAGGUUUUUGCUCCUGCAGACGUUGCUUCUCAGAUCCAGUCCAAAAUCCCCAACGCUCGGUUAGUCUACAAGGUAAAAUCUGUAUCCGAGGCCGUUUCUUUGACCAACGAUUGUGCUAACGCUGUUGCCAUAACUUCACCUCCAGCUACUCCGGAAGCGUUGAGGCCACUUUCAGGAAAACAGGUGUUUGUCUAUUUCCUCAAGAGCACUUUACCAGAGGCUGUUGUUCCUGCAUGGAUUAAGUCCGGUGCUACGAUCAUUGUCAAUUCUUCUUCUGUUACAAUCAAUUAUAGUGCACCUGCUACUGGGAAAACUCCUCUUAUCGAUUAUGUUAUUCCAGCAUUGUCUACCGAUCGUGUUGACGGCUUGUACACCACAGUAGUCACCAACACUUCUGAUCAAGUGUUGGGAUUAGUGUAUUCAUCUAAGAAGUCCAUUGCCGAGGCUUUGAGGACUAAAGCUGGUGUGUAUCAGUCUAGAAAACGAGGACUUUGGAUCAAGGGAGCCACCUCUGGAAAUACCCAAGAAUUGUUGCGUAUUGAAAGAGACUGUGAUGGUGACUGCCUCAAGUUCAUCGUUAGACAGGUGGGUGAAGGUUUCUGUCACGUAGGAACUUCAUCCUGCUUUGGAAAUAUCAAAGGUUUUACCUCGUUGGAAUCUGUUUUGCAAGAUAGAUUGGCAAAUGCUCCUGUGGGUUCCUACACGAAGAGGUUGUUUGACGACGAGACUUUGUUAGAUUCCAAGAUUAGAGAGGAAGCUGACGAGUUAAUCGAUGCUAAGAGUAAGCAAGAGAUUGCAUUUGAAGCUGCCGAUGUCAUAUAUUUUGUUAUGGCCCGCUGUGCCAAGAAUGGUGUUACCUUGAAUGAUAUUCAGAAGAAUUUGGAUACCAAAUCUCUUAGAGUUACUAGAAGAAGAGGAGAUGCCAAGCCUAAGUAUCUUGCAGAGACUCAGAGAAAGGCUGCUGAGAAUGCUCGUAAAGCUGCUGCUGCUUCUGCUGCUGCUGCAAAUAUCCGUGUGAUUGGUCCUAACGAUAGAAUCAUUCUGGAUCGAAUUAACACAGAAACGGCAUCUCCAGAAAGAGUUACUGCAUGUCUUCAAAGACCUAUCCACACCAGUAAGGAUAUUAUGUCGCUUGUUGUUCCUAUAGUAGAGAGAGUUAAAAGCGAGGGUGAUAAAGCCUUGUUGGAUCUUACCGCCAAGUUUGAUCACGUCAAGUUGGAUUCUCCAAUCAUGAGGGCUCCUUUCCCAGAGUCAGCCAUGAAAGUUACUGAAGAUGUCAAAAAGGCUAUUGAUCUUUCGUUCAACAACGUUAGAAAGUUCCACGAAGCUCAGAUGAAGGGAACUCUUAAUGUGGAGACUUGUCCAGGUGUUGUCUGCUCUAGAUUUGCCAGACCUAUCGAAAGAGUGGGAUGCUAUGUUCCCGGUGGAACUGCAGUUCUUCCAUCCACCUCGUUGAUGCUUUCUGUUCCUGCACUUGUUGCCGGUUGCAAAGAUAUCAUUUUCGCUUCUCCACCAGGAAAGGACGGUAAAUUAACACCAGAAGUGGUGUAUGUAGCUCACAAAGUGGGUGCCAAAUGUAUUGUUUUGGCAGGAGGUGCACAGGCCGUUGCUUCUAUGGCUUACGGUACUGAGUCGGUUCCCAAAUGUGACAAAAUCAUGGGUCCUGGUAACCAAUUUGUUACAGCUGCCAAGAUGUACGUUUCCAACGAUUCCGGUGCUCUAUGUGCCAUUGAUAUGCCUGCAGGACCUUCUGAGGUUCUUGUGAUUGCAGAUAAAUACGCUGAUGUUGACUUUGUAGCUUCGGAUUUACUUUCCCAGGCCGAACAUGGUGUAGAUUCGCAAGUAUUGUGCAUUGCUGUGGAUAUGUCAAAAGAGCAGCUUGACAAGUUGGACGAUGCAGUUGAUGAGCAGGCCAAGAAGCUUCCAAGAGUGGAGAUUGUGAGAAAGUGUAUUGCUCAUUCAACUACUCUACAAGUUAAAAGCUACACAAAGGCUUUGGAUCUUGCCAACAGAUAUGCUCCAGAGCACUUGAUCUUGCAGAUUAAGGACGCACAGAAAUGGGUGGAUAAAGUGGACAACGCUGGUUCAGUGUUUGUAGGUGCCUAUUCGCCAGAAUCGUGCGGAGAUUAUUCCUCAGGAACAAACCAUACUCUUCCAACUUACGGUUACGCCAGAAUGUACAGUGGAGUGAAUACGGCUACUUUCCAGAAGUUUAUUACCUCUCAAACUUUGACUCCAGAAGGUUUGAAAUCGAUUGGUAAAGCCGUUAUGGAUUUGGCAGCUGUUGAAGGAUUGGAUGCGCAUAGAAAUGCCGUCAAGAUCCGGAUGCAGAAGCUUGGAUAUCUUCCCAGGCACCGUUGA